CCCGAAGCUUUGUGGAGCGGUCCGGCCGCUCAAACGAGCCCGCAACUUCGCCAGCGGGUUUUGUUUGCGGAGCACCUGCUGGAAGAGGCACGCAGCUGGACCCCUCCCCGCCUUUGUCGAUUGGCUGCCAAAUGACACGGGGGGGCGGGUCGGCCUCGCCCCCUGCCGCUCGGCCCAUAUUAGCUCGUGGCCGUGCUGCUCGGGGUGCUUACAUCGGAGCGGCCUGGCGGGCGGCGGAGGAGGAGGAUUAGGGUUUAUUUGGGAAAGAAGCGGGGAGCGUCGUGACUGCAGUUCACUCUCCGCAACAGCUCGGAUCGGAGCCGCGUCGCCAGAAAGAUGCCGCGCUCCUUCCUCGUCAAGAAACACUUCUCGGCCAGCAAGAAGCCCAAUUACAGCGAAUUGGAAAGCCAAACGGUGAUUGUCUCUCCAUUUUUGUAUGACAAGUACCCCCUGUCUGUCAUCCCACAACCAGAGCUCUUGAGUGCUGGUUCUUACUACCCUCCUCUGGUCUGGGACACAGGGCUGUUCUCUAAUUUCUUCACCUCUGAAUCGGAGUACAAGAAAAGUGCAGCUUCUCCACCCAGCCCUGACUCGAAACCUCUGGACCUCACCUCCCUGUCGAGCGAAGAGGAGGAUGGCAAGGCGAGCUCUGGCCCGCCCAGCCCGGCCUCGUCUGCCACAGAAGCCGAGAAAUUCCACUGCAGUCAGUGCAGCAAGUCUUACUCGACUUUUGCAGGCCUUUCCAAGCAUAGACAGUUGCAUUGUGACUCCCAGACCAGGAAAUCUUUCAGCUGCAAAUAUUGUGAAAAGGAAUACGUGAGCUUGGGGGCUCUCAAGAUGCACAUCCGAAGCCAUACCUUGCCUUGUGUGUGUAAGAUCUGUGGCAAAGCUUUCUCCAGGCCAUGGCUCCUGCAGGGCCACAUCAGAACGCACACUGGGGAAAAGCCAUUUUCCUGCACGCACUGCAGCCGGGCCUUUGCUGACCGCUCAAACCUCCGGGCUCAUCUGCAGACCCACUCAGAUGUUAAGAAGUAUCAGUGUAAAACUUGCUCCCGGACUUUCUCUCGCAUGUCACUUCUCCACAAACAUGAAGAAACAGGCUGUGUUGGGACCCGCUAAAUGCUCCAGCUGAAUACCAUGGACUCCUCCAUGCAAAUCCAUGUAUUGUAACUAGUGUCCGUAGGAAAAUAGUUCUGCUGAGCUGCCACAAACAGCAUAUACUGAACUCUGGUUGUUUCCAGCUGCUUCAGGCCUUAAAGCAUCAUACACAAUACUUCACUCUUUGUCUUCAAGAGAAUUUUUAAAACCCGAUUUGCCAUUUUAUUCCAUCCCCUGGCCCCAGCAGUGGCCAAAUGCUUCUUGACUCAAGCCCAUGAAAGAUUACUGCUUCAUCAGAAAUGAUGGGUUGACAAAACAAUGUGAGGUGAUGUUUUAAAAUGAGCUUCUAAAAUCUGGUGCCCUCCAGUUGUGUGGAACGAAUACCCCCCGACUUUUUAGAAAAGGAAUUUUUGUCAUGGAACGUGGAACUUAUAGCCCAACACUUCUGCAGGGCACCAGUAUGGCAAUAGCUACUCCAAACUGAAAUCUGGCUAAAAACUUCUUGUUAAGCUGCUUCUCAAAAGAGGUCAGAUACUUCCUUCUGGAACUUGCAAGCAGAUUAUAGAGGUGUUGAUUACCUCUGUCUCCCACCCCCUGCAUCUGGUACUCGAAGUAUACUGCCACUAAGUGGAAACUCCUUGAGGGCUUUCAUAUCUAACAGCCAUUGAGUCCUGUCCCCUGAGCAUUUUUCCCAAUCAGCUUCACAGCCAUCUAAAUUAAUAGCAGUCACUGAUGUUCCUUAUUUGUUUUACAAAUGUGAGGAUAUUCUGAGUCUUGUGCCUAGCUUGCCUGAAAGAUCACAGCCUUUCAUUUUUACCCUUAAGGAAGAUGACCAGAAUAAUAGAUUCACAGUAACUCACGACCCUGAAUUGAUAUGCCGCUAAACAAAGGGCAAAAAGCUAAGUAUUAACGCUUCCCCUGCCACCACCU